AUGGUGACUUUCCGACGCUUCCGCCCGGAUGAUCUCAACCGGAUCUCCAUGUGUAACAUGGAUCCCUUGACUGAGACCUACGAUUCCUCAUUCUACUUGCAGUACUAUGCAAAAUGGCCAGGCAUGUUCAUCGUUGCGGAGGACGACUCUGGUAACAUCGUAGGCUACGUUAUGGGAAAACUGGAAAGCUCUCCUGCCUAUUUCAAGCAGUCGCCUCACUAUUUGCCCUGGCACGCCCACAUCACUGCUCUUACGGUUGCCCCGGCCUAUCGCCGCUCUGGCAUAGGAGGUGUCUUAACCAAACGCCUGGAGGAGGAGGGCGACGUGGGUGAUGCUUGGUUUAUGGACCUGUUCGUCCGCAAGAGCAACACUCGCGCCAUAAAUUUCUACAAGAAGAGCGGCUACAGCGUCUACCGCGUCGUCAAGAACUAUUACGGCGACGAUGUGAAUGACCCCACUGCUGAUGGCGAGGACGCCUACGACAUGCGCAAAUCGAUGAAGCGCGACACCAAGGGUCAGCACGUCCGAGAGAACGGCGAGAAGCAUGCGGUACAGCCAGAGGACGUCUUCUGA